AUGGCGCAAACCGGAGGAUCCUACAACAACCCCUUGAAGAAGUUCAAGCUGGUCUUCUUAGGGGAACAAAGCGUGGGCAAGACGUCCCUGAUUACCAGAUUCAUGUACGACUCGUUCGACAACAUGUAUCAGGCAACCAUUGGUAUCGAUUUCCUCUCCAAGACCAUGUAUCUCGAGGAUCGGACGGUACGACUACAGCUGUGGGAUACCGCAGGCCAGGAGCGAUUCCGAAGCUUGAUCCCUUCAUACAUCCGUGACUCGAGCGUUGCCGUUGUCGUCUACGAUAUCUCUAACGCAAAAUCAUUCCAAAACACCAAGAAGUGGAUUGAUGACGUCCGGGCAGAGAGAGGAAACGACGUUAUCAUUGUCCUGGUGGGCAACAAGACCGAUCUUAACGACAAGCGAGAGGUCACAACCCAGCAGGGAGAGGAGGAAGCCAAGAGACAAGGUCUAAGAUUCGUUGAGACAAGUGCCAAGCUUGGUCACAACGUACAGAACCUCUUCAAGAGGAUAGCACAGGCACUGCCUGGCAUGGAAGGCUCCGAUGCAGCUGCCCAAGCAACCAACCAAAUGAUUGAUGUGCGGACGAACACAACAGCGCCUCCCCAGGAGGGUUGCUCGUGCUAA